AGGCGUUACCCUAUUCAAGUGGCGACAAGGCAUGCCAAUCACAUAGGCUUUUCGGAUGUAUUCAGAGUCGAAUUAAUAGUGGAUCAAACGACUCGAUUCGAUACGUUUCUACGCACAUUUGGAUCCUGUAGUCAGCACGUACGAUGUUUUACCUCAACUGUUCAUAGACACAGAGGUGAUGACCCGAUCCACACGUGUACAUAUCUCUGGCAAGCCUUAAUUAUUGGUGACGUCUGUUUCUCUCGUUUACCGCCCAUUCUUCAAAGUUUUUUUUUCUUAAUAAUUUCUUAUGUUGGAAGAGUUCUGAAAUUUUGAACAUUGUUACAAUUUGGGACGUUUAACGUGAUCGCAAAUUGUUCUCAGCAACCAAAAAGUAGAGAGGACUGGAAUUUAACCACGUGUAAGAAUCUGGUGUUUAAAGUGGCCCACGGGCCUUGGUAUGGCCGAGGGUAAUGACGGAAAGCACGGAUAUCCAAAUGUAUCCGAACACAAUGGAAAGUUGGAGAUGAGAAACUGAAAUUGGAGUAGAGAUUGUGAAGCAUCAACAAGUGAUUGUAUUGUAUUGACUACAGUUAUCAUAAAUAACGGAUAUUAUAUAGACUAAAAGGAUUAAUAUUAAACAUAAACAAUCUGUGCUACUCAGUUAAAAAAAUAUAUUUUGUGAAACUUUAAACGGGUACAAAGUGAUCAAAAUGGUGUCGUGUGAAGUGACUCGGCGAUGCAGUUGGUCAUUCCGACUGCAGGUGGUUAUUUUGGCGGGACUGGUGUUUUUAGAAAAUGUCGCCGCCACAAAAUACAUUAGUAACAUGUUUAGUGCGCAACAAAAUGCACCUGACCCAUGCUAUGAAGAAAGUUCCGAACCCAUAAGAUGUGUACCUGAUUUUGUGAACGCUGCAUUCGGCAUGGAAGUCGUAGCUUCCAGUACGUGUGGUUCGCCCCCAAGUCGGUAUUGCAAGUCAACGACAGACAAAGAUGGAAAGAUAAUUCGUAACUGUUUUAUUUGUGAUGCGAAUCAUCCCAAACGAAAACACCCAUCUAAAUAUCUAACAGACUUAAAUAAUCCCAAUAACUUAACGUGUUGGAUGUCAGAACCUUUUGUUCAGUAUCCCAAUAAUGUAACCCUAACCUUGUCAUUAAGUAAAAAAUACGAACUAACAUACAUUAGUUUACAAUUCUGUUCGGCGCGUCCCGACUCUAUGACAAUUUAUAAAAGUGUUGAUUAUGGCAAAACUUGGAUCCCUUUUCAAUAUUAUUCUAGUAAUUGCAAGAAGAUGUACGGCUUACCAUCUCGAGCUAUUGUCACCAAAGCCAACGAACAGGAAGCUUUAUGUACUGAGGCCUAUAGCAACAUCGACCCUUUAAGUGGGGCUAGGGUAGCUUUCAGUACCUUGGAGGGGCGACCAUCAGCUUAUGCAUUCGACAACAGUCCUGUUUUACAAGAUUGGGUAACGGCUACGGAUAUUAAAGUUGUGUUCAAUAAAUUGAAUACUUACGGCGACGAAGAGAAAGAUGAAGAAGGGGCCAGGGAGAGCUAUUAUUAUGCUCUAUCUGAUUUUGCGGUUGGUGGCAGAUGUAAAUGCAAUGGUCAUGCUUCCCAGUGUAUUCCCCAAAAGGAUGGUCGUUUAGGCUGUGAUUGUAAACAUAACACUGCUGGCUACGAUUGUGAAAAAUGUAAGCCUUUCCAUUUUGACCGGCCCUGGGCAAGAGCGACUGCAUCUGAUGCCAAUGAAUGUGUCGCCUGUAAUUGUAACUUGCAUGCACGUCGCUGCCGAUUUAAUCGAGAACUCUUCAUACUAUCAGGACAUAGAAGUGGCGGGGUCUGUUUAAAUUGUAAGCACAAUACGAAAGGCAGGCAUUGCCACUAUUGUGAAGAAGGUCACUAUCGGGAUCCAGACCGACACAUCACCGAUCGUCGAGCCUGCAAAGCGUGUGACUGUCAUCCUGUUGGAGCUUUAGGUAAAACAUGUAACCAAACCACUGGACAGUGUCCGUGCAAAGAUGGGGUAACUGGAUUGACCUGUAACCGAUGUUCCAAAGGUUAUCAACAAAGUAAAUCUCCCAUCGCACCAUGUAUUAAUCCCUCAAGAAUAUCAAAUGAACUAGAUAAGAAGGGUCCAAUUAUUGUACAAUUUCCAGAAAAAAUACCCAACCCAGGUGGAAACCGACCAAAACCUACUCCCGGUACAGGUAAUCCAUGUAAUAAAUGCAAAAAGCGGAGCAGGCGACUUACCCUCAAAAGAUUUUGCAGACGAGACUUUGCCAUCAGCGCCCAGGUUGUAUCCAGAGAAAAGGUCGAUGAUUGGGUUAAAUUUACCAUCAACGUACAAAAUUCAUACAAACGAAUAGUGAACCGACCCACCAACGACAGAACACGUCGUGGUGAAACGUAUCUAUGGGUUCCCAAGCAAGAUUUACGAUGUAAAUGUCCCAAAAUUCGUCUAAGCCAACGUUACCUUAUCGUUGGAAAGCACCGUAGAAAUGAUAGUCGUAGCGGAUUCGUAAUAGAUCGUAAAAGUGUCGUUAUAAAAUGGAAAGAUAAGUGGCAACGACGUUUACGACGCUUUGUGAAGUACGAAAGGCGCGGCAAAUGUCGUCAGUGAUUGGAGUAACUUCCGGAACAAGUGCUGUUAAUUAUAUACCUCGAACUUUGUGCGAAAUUGAGAUUUCAAAGAGAUUUAAUUACUCAGAGAAGAUGUGAUAUAAUAGAAAAAUUGAAAAUUACUAUUGGAUUUGGCGUUUCGGAAAACAAUUCAUAUAUGAACAAAACAUGGAAUUCAUCUAGAAAAAGCAGGAAAGCCGUUAUAGUAAAUGUUACCUAUAACUAUAUAUAUAUUUUAUAUAUAUUUGCUAAUAACUUAAAGCGUUGGUAGAGUUAAUAGCGUCCAUGGAUACUUUAUCGAUGUUCUUAUGAUCAUUUCCCAUUGUGAGAUAUAGGUAAAGUGAUAUUUACACUAAUUAUAUGAUUCUGUAUGAAUUCUUAUGUCUGAUGUAUAUAUUGAUAAAUUGUUUUAUUUAAGAAAGGUAUAUUAUAUUUUGGAUAAUGUUAUGAUCCAUGUAGAGGACGUAAGAUGAAAGACGUAAGAUGAAAGAAAGUACGUAUUUCUGGACACGUAUCAAAGUGUGUGCGUUUCAUUAUCAAGUUACAGAACGUUUCCCGAAUUUUUAACACCCUAAAGACCUUUCAGGAUGUGAAGUGUACGUUUCAGGGUUAGGAAGUCGUUUUAGGACGUUUUGAUUCACAAGUGUGAGCAGGUAGAACAAACUACCAGGGUGUUAAAUAAACGUUUCAAAGAUAGAACUAACGUUUUAUGACGUAAUAUUCACGUAGAACUAUCGAAGACGUUAAACGUGCGUUCCAUGGUUAAAAGGGCGUUCGAGGGCAUCGGCCUAUAAUUGGCACAGACGUUAACGUUCCUAUCAAGCACAUAUUAUGUGUCCCAGUGGAAGGAAGACGAUGUGUGUGGCACUAAGAGACAUAAUAAAACAUUGAAUAAUAUUAUGUUGGUUAUAAUGUUACUUGAUCAAUGUUUUGGAAUAAUGGUUGUAUAUGGAACUAAUAGAGCACAGUCUGAGUGUAAAUUUUAAAUGUAUUUUAAUUGAAAUUUUAUGUGCUCUGAAAGAAUAGUAAGCUGUUUGUUUGUAGAUAAGAUUACUUUUAUGCUAUAUGUAUAUUGCGCAAAUAUUUUUUCUUGUCUAAGAAUUUCAAUAAAUAUUGUUGUGUAUUGUUAAGUCGUGAAAUUUUAACUUAUAUUUUUAUUGUCUUGUUCAGUGUUUAUUUUUGUAGAUUGGACAAAAUAGAUCCCCAUACUGAACAAAUAAUAAGUUCGUUAUUAGACGACAUAAAUGAAAUUAAUUAUUAUGUACAUAUCAUUAAAUCCAUCUAUAUACUUAAAACAAUUCUCAAAUAAUUAGAUCAAUUACUGCAUCCAUAUUAAAUAAUCCGUUUCUUUCAGUAAAUGUAUGUAUGAAUCUUAAUUCCUAGUAAAUUAAAUACCGGGUCGUUUUGUCUUGAAAUAAGAAAGAGUAACUCUUACUUCUAUUGAAGCAGAGAUAUCUCGACCACUAAGUAGUGUUAAUGGCUUAAAGUUUACAAGUUUGUAAUUUAAAGAUGUAUUCCUUUGGCGUUCGACCUACUAUUCAAAACAACAUAUCUUACGACUAAUGGAUGGGUAAUCCUAUUUCCAAUCUAAUAAUACCGCCGUCACUUACCGAUCGGACAAUUAUGUAGUGUAGUCUAUAGUUCUACGCUACUCGACCAGCUGUGGCCCUUGACGGACACGAACAGUCUUCAAUUAUAUAUUUCUUGGGCAUAAAAACUAGAUUUACUAUAGAUGAGAUAAUUAAACUCGACGGGUUACAUCUUUAAUAGAGGGUUAGAAUACGACUUGACAUAACUGAUUUGAGAUCUAUCUGAAAGUGACCGUUUAAAUUAUAAUUUCUAUUAACUAAUUAUGAUUUUAGUUUAACAACUAUUCCAGGAUAGUAAUUUAAAAUAAUAAAAUACAUUUCCCGAUUGAUCCCGCCUCAAAAAAUUCAUUUAUAUUCUUAUUUUACCAGAGCGAUAUUUAAAACCAAAAAUGUACCAUCAUGCGUUUUUGUAUCUAAACAUUUAGAGAUAUAAGUACCCUUAGACAAACAAAUACAUACUGUAGAUACUUAUUUAAGUUUUAUUAUUAGAUUAAUAUACAGUUAAAAUAUUGUGUUUAAAAUAUUAUAAUUGUAGAUAUAUUUCAAUUGUUAUAAUAGUUUUAAAUUUUCUAGUGUUUUUUUUUUUGUACUGUAUAUUUAAAUAUAAUAAUGUGGCGUCCCUUUCAUCUGUUUAUUAUAAUAGUAGUCUUGAAUCUUUUAGAAAUAAACCUGAAUAUCAUCA